AAAGUUUGGAUCUAGUUUCAAUCGUACAGAAAUCAAAGGCUUCAGACAAGGAUCUGUCGUUGUGGAUUCUCUACUGAUUUUUAACGAUGUAAACACUGUUCCUGACACUGGAAAUGUGACUGGCACUCUGGUAGAAGCUAUUUCCUCCAAUACUGCAGGCAUUUCUAGCCUCGGUGUCAAUACAACCAGUAUAAUAGCAGAACGAGUUUUUAGGGCAACGCCAACUGAAGCUCCCCAAACAACGGUAGAAACUUUGACUUCAGCCUCAACCUCACAGCCUGAAACAGUAGCUGCCACAAUAACGCCAACAUCAAGCCCAACAAGUCUUGUGACAUCUGAAAGUGGCUCCCCCUCAACACCAGCACAAUCAUCAACAUCAGAGCCCAUGACAACAUCAGCUCAACCAUCUCCUUCAACAUCACAGUCUAUGACACUAUCUCCAUCCUCAUCAUCAGUAACCAUAACAACACAGGCUUCACCAUCAGUCUCUAUCUCUGCUUCCUCUACACCUGCAGCUACAUCUCCAUCAUCUGCUUCAGAAGCCACCACGUCCCCCGUACCAUCAACACCAAAUCCCACAUCAUCAGGUACACCACAAACGAAUGCUACAACAUUUACAUUCACAAAUGCUACAUCUCCAUCAUCUGCUUCAGAAGCCACCACAUCCCCCGUACCAUCAACACCAAAUCCCACAUCAUCAUUAGUUCACCAAACAACAACUACUCCAGCACCCAUUCCAGAGCCUGAAGUCAUAUUGGAAUUCAAGCUGGAGAAGACAUUCACACGAGAGCUGCAAAAUGCCUCUUCACCAGAAUUUGUACAGUUGGCUGCUCAAGUGUCCCAAGCGCUAGAUGCAGUAUACGCUGCAAAGUUUGGAUCUAGUUUCAAUCGUACAUUUAUCAAAGGCUUCAGACAAGGAUCUGUCGUUGUGGAUUCUGUACUGAUUUUUAAUGAUGUAAACUCUGUUCCUGACACUGGAAAUGUGACUGGCACUCUGGUAGAAGCUAUUUCCUCCAAUACUGCAGGCAUUUCUAGCCUCGGUGUCAAUACAACCAGUAUAAUAGCAGAACGAGUUUUUAGGGCAACGCCAACUGAAGCUCCCCAAACAACGGUAGAAACUUUGACUUCAGCCUCAACCUCACAGCCUGAAACAAUAGCUGCCACAAUAACACCAACAUCAAGCCCAACAAGUCUUGUGACAUCUGAAAGUGGCUCCCCCUCAACACCAGCACAAUCAUCAACAUCAGAGCCCAUGACAACAUCAGCUCAACCAUCUCCUUCAACAUCACAGUCUAUGACACUAUCUCCAUCCUCAUCAUCAGUAACCAUAACAACACAGGCUUCACCAUCAGUCUCUAUCUCUGCUUCCUCUACACCUGCAGCUACAUCUCCAUCAUCUGCUUCAGAAGCCACCACGUCCCCCGUACCAUCAACACCAAAUCCCACAUCAUCAGGCUCCCCCUCAACACCAGCACAAUCAUCAACAUCAGUGCCCAUCACAACAUCACCUCAACCAUCUUCUUCAACAUCACAGUCUAUGACACCAUCUCCUUCCUCAUCAUCAGUAACCAUAACAACACAGGCUUCACCAUCAGUCUCUAUCUCUGCUUCCUCUACACCUGCAGCUACAUCUCCAUCAUCUGCUUCAGAAGCCACCACAUCCCCCGUACCAUCAACAACAAAUCCCACAUCAUCAUCAGCUACAUCUCCAACAUCUGCUUCAGGAGCCACCACAUCCCCCGUACCAUCAACACCAAAUCCCACAUCAUCAGGUACACCACAAACGAAUGCUACCACAUUUACAUUCACAAAUGACUCCUCCUCAACACAAGCACAAUCAUCAACAUCAGUACCCAUGACAACAUCACCUCAACCAUCUCCUUCAACAUCACAGUCUAUGACACUAUCUCCAUCCUCAUCAUCAGUAACCAUAACAACACAGGCUUCAUCAUCAGCCUCUAUCUCUGCCUCCUCUACACCUGCAGCUACAACCUCAAUAUUUCCUUCAGAAGCCACAACAUCCCAAAUAAUCUCAACACUAAAUGCCAUAUCAACAUCAGUAAUGCCAGAAACAAAUGCCACAACACUGACAUCCACAAGUGGCUCCCCCUCAACAUCAGCACAAUCAUCAACAUCAGUGCCCAUCACAUCAUCAGCUCAACCAUCUCCUUCAACAUCACAGUCUAUGACACUAUCUCCAUCCUCAUCAUCAGUAACCAUAACAACACAGGCUUCACCAUCAGUCUCUAUCUCUGCUUCCUCUACACCUGCAGCUACAUCUCCAUCAUCUGCUUCAGAAGCCACCACGUCCCCCGUACCAUCACCCAAUAUCACAUCAACAUCAGUAACGACACAAACAAAUGCAUUAACAAAUGUUCACCAAACAACAACUACUCUAGCACCCAUCCCAGAGCCUGAAGUCAUAUUGGAAUUCAAGCUGGAGAAGACAUUCACACAAGAGCUGCAAAAUGCCUCUUCACCAGAAUUUGUACAGUUGGCUGCUCAAGUGUCCCAAGCGCUAGAUGCAGUAUACGCUGCAAAGUUUGGAUCUAGUUUCAAUCGUACAUAUAUCAAAGGCUUCAGACAAGGAUCUGUCGUUGUGGAUUCUGUACUGAUUUUUAAUGAUGUAAACUCUGUUCCUGACACUGGAAAUGUGACUGGCACUCUGGUAGAAGCUAUUUCCUCCAAUACUCCAGGCAUUUCUAUUCUUGGUGUCAAUACAACCAGUAUAAAAGCAGAACGAGUUUUUAGGGCAACGCCAACUGAAGCUCCCCAAACAACGGUAGAAACUUUGACUUCACCCUCAACCUCACAGCCUGAAACAGUAGCUGCCACAAUAACGCCAACAUCAAGCCCAACAAGUCUUGUGACAUCUGAAAGUGCUACAUCUCAAACAUCUGCUUCAGAAGCCACCACAUCCCCCGUACCAUCAACACCAAAUCCCACAUCAUCAUCAGGUACACCACAAACGAAUGCUACAACAUUUACAUUCACAAAUGCUACAUCUCAAACAUCUGCUUCAGAAGCCACCACAUCCCCCGUACCAUCAACACCAAAUCCCACAUCAUCAGCUACAUCUCCAUCAUCUGCUUCAGAAGCCACCACAUCCCCCGUACCAUCAACAACAAAUCCCACAUCAUCAUCAGGCUCCCCCUCAACACCAGCACAAUCAUCAACAUCAGUACCCAUCACAACAUCACCUCAACCAUCUCCUUCAACAUCACAGUCUAUGACACUAUCUCCAUCCUCAUCAUCAGUAACCAUAACAACACAGGCUUCAUCAUCAGUCUCUAUCUCUGCCUCCCCUACACCUGCAGCUACAUCUCAAACAUCUGCUUCAGAAGCCACCACAUCCCCCGUACCAUCAACACCAAAUCCCACAUCAUCAUCAGGUACACCACAAACGAAUGCUACAACAUUUACAUUCACAAAUGACUCCUCCUCAACACAAGCACAAUCAUCAACAUCAGUACCCAUGACAACAUCACCUCAACCAUCUCCUUCAACAUCACAGUCUAUGACACUAUCUCCAUCCUCAUCAUCAGUAACCAUAAAAACACAGGCUUCAUCAUCAGCCUCUAUCUCUGCCUCCUCUACACCUGCAGCUACAACCUCAAUAUUUACUUCAGGAGCCACAACAUCCCAAAUAAUCUCAACACUAAAUGCCAUUUCAACAUCAGUAAUGCCAGAAACAAAUGCCACAACACUGACAUCCACAAGUGCUACAUCUCCAUCAUCUGCUUCAGAAGCCACCACAUCCCCCGUACCAUCAACACCAAAUCCCACAUCAUCAUCAGCUACAUCUCCAUCAUCUGCUUCAGAAGCCACCACAUCCCCCGUACCAUCAACAACAAAUCCCACAUCAUCAUCAGGCUCCCCCUCAACACCAGCACAAUCAUCAACAUCAGUACCCAUCACAACAUCACCUCAACCAUCUCCUUCAACAUCACAGUCUAUGACACUAUCUCCAUCCUCAUCAUCAGUAACCAUAACAACACAGGCUUCAUCAUCAGUCUCUAUCUCUGCCUCCCCUACACCUGCAGCUACAUCUCAAACAUCUGCUUCAGAAGCCACCACAUCCCCCGUACCAUCAACACCAAAUCCCACAUCAUCAUCAGGUACACCACAAACGAAUGCUACAACAUUUACAUUCACAAAUGCUACAUCUCCAUCAUCUGCUUCAGAAGCCACCACAUCCCCCGUACCAUCAACACCAAAUCCCACAUCAUCAUCAGACUCCUCCUCAACACAAGCACAAUCAUCAAUAUCAGUACCCAUGACAACAUCACCUCAACCAUCUCCUUCAACAUCACAGUCUAUGACACUAUCUCCAUCCUCAUCAUCAGUAACCAUAACAACACAGGCUUCAUCAUCAGCCUCUAUCUCUGCCUCCUUUACACCUGCAGCUACAACCUCAAUAUUUCCUUCAGGAGCCACAACAUCCCAAAUAAUCUCAAUACUAAAUGCCAUAUCAACAUCCGUAAUGCCAGAAACAAAUGCCACAACACUGACAUCCACAAGUGCUACAUCUCCAUCAUCUGCUUCAGAAGCCACCACAUCCCCCGUACCAUCAACACCAAAUCCCACAUCAUCAGACUCCUCCUCAACACAAGCACAAUCAUCAAUAUCAGUACCCAUGACAACAUCACCUCAACCAUCUCCUUCAACAUCACAGUCUAUGACACUAUCUCCAUCCUCAUCAUCAGUAACCAUAACAACACAGGCUUCAUCAGCCUCUAUCUCUGCCUCCUCUACACCUGCAGCUACAACCUCAAUAUUUCCUUCAGAAGCCACAACAUCCCAAAUAAUCUCAAUACUAAAUGCCAUAUCAACAUCAGUAUUGCCAGAAACAAAUGCCACAACACUGACAUCCACAAGUGGCUCCCCCUCAACACCAGCACAAUCAUCAACAUCAGUACCCAUCACAACAUCACCUCAACCAUCUCCUUCAACAUCACAGUCUAUGACACUAUCUCCAUCCUCAUCAUCAGUAACCAUAACAACACAGGCUUCAUCAUCAGUCUCUAUCUCUGCCUCCCCUACACCUGCAGCUACAUCUCAAACAUCUGCUUCAGAAGCCACCACAUCCCCCGUACCAUCAACACCAAAUCCCACAUCAUCAUCAGGUACACCACAAACGAAUGCUACAACAUUUACAUUCACAAAUGACUCCUCCUCAACACAAGCACAAUCAUCAACAUCAGUACCCAUGACAACAUCACCUCAACCAUCUCCUUCAACAUCACAGUCUAUGACACUAUCUCCAUCCUCAUCAUCAGUAACCAUAAAAACACAGGCUUCAUCAUCAGCCUCUAUCUCUGCCUCCUCUACACCUGCAGCUACAACCUCAAUAUUUACUUCAGGAGCCACAACAUCCCAAAUAAUCUCAACACUAAAUGCCAUUUCAACAUCAGUAAUGCCAGAAACAAAUGCCACAACACUGACAUCCACAAGUGCUACAUCUCCAUCAUCUGCUUCAGAAGCCACCACAUCCCCCGUACCAUCAACACCAAAUCCCACAUCAUCAUCAGGCUCCCCCUCAACACCAGCACAAUCAUCAACAUCAGUGCCCAUCACAACAUCACCUCAACCAUCUUCUUCAACAUCACAGUCUAUGACACUAUCUCCAUCCUCAUCAUCAGUAACCAUAACAACACAGGCUUCACCAUCAGUCUCUAUCUCUGCUUCCUCUACACCUGCAGCUACAUCUCCAUCAUCUGCUUCAGAAGCCACCACAUCCCCCGUACCAUCAACACCAAAUCCCACAUCAUCAGACUCCUCCUCAACACAAGCACAAUCAUCAAUAUCAGUACCCAUGACAACAUCACCUCAACCAUCUCCUUCAACAUCACAGUCUAUGACACUAUCUCCAUCCUCAUCAUCAGUAACCAUAACAACACAGGCUUCAUCAGCCUCUAUCUCUGCCUCCUCUACACCUGCAGCUACAACCUCAAUAUUUCCUUCAGAAGCCACAACAUCCCAAAUAAUCUCAAUACUAAAUGCCAUAUCAACAUCAGUAUUGCCAGAAACAAAUGCCACAACACUGACAUCCACAAAUGUUUCGACGAUGGCUACUGCCCCUACAACUGCUGCUCCCACAGAUUCCCCUACAACUGCUGCUCCCACAGAUUCCCCCAAAGCUACUGCUGCCUCUACAACUGGUGCCCCUACAACUGCUGCUCCAACAGCUGCCUCUACAACAGCUGCCCCUACAACUGCUGCUCCUACAACAGUUGCCCCUCCAACUGCUGCCCCUAUAACAGCUGCCCCUACAACUGCUGCCCCUACAACAGAACUAAAUACUGAUUCAGCAAGUGGAGAUGAAGGCAGCCUCAAUCUGGGUUUUAGUCUUAAUCGGACGUUCACUUCCGACCUUUCUGAUCCAACCACAGCUGUAUUUAAAGCACUUUUAAUAGAAGUAGUGACAAAACUGAAUGCAAUUUAUCGAGCACAAUUUCCGAGCACAUUCCGGCGCUCCAGGGUCCUAAGCUUUGCGUCAGGGUCAAUCGUUGUUUCCUCAGAGCUUGUGUUUCAAAAUAAAACUUCAGUUCCAGAUGCUAUCAAUGUGGAAUCAGCUUUGAGCAACUCAACUACCCUGAACAUAAUACAAGGCACCAUCAGUGCAAGUUCUACAACAACUACUUCGGCUCCUAACACAACUACAACAGCGGCGACCACAGCCACGAACACAACAGCUAGUUCUGCUCCACCAGCCAAAUUGGUGUCGGCUCUCACUCUGGCUCUCACCAUGUUGCUCCUUUCUCUGCAAAAUCUGACCUUCUUAUAAAAGCUUGAUAGAUAAGAAGAUAAUAGAUAAGUAAUGUAGAUUAACAUGUGCAUGUGACCUAUACUGUAUGAGGUAAUGCAGAUUAACAUGUGCAUGUGACCUAUAUGAAGUUCGGGCAUGUGGUAAGAUAAAUCAAAAACCUGUACUAGAGAGCUGUACAGUUAGCUAUGCUAUGAUGACAUCUGUGUAUAAGCAGUGUAUGACAGGCAGGCAAAAUGCUACUUGUUGAAUUAUGAUUGUUAUAUUCUUUUUCUAUUAUAUCUACUUCUAAAAUAUUAAAAAUGCUAUUUAAGACUAACUUAUGCUAUUGUAGCCUACUGUAAAGCUGCAACAUUAUAAAAACUUCAGCUAUGGUUCAGACAAGAUCUGUGCAUAUAUUGUAAUCUUUGCUUAUCAUCAUUAAGAAGAAAAUAAAACUGCUUCGUUUAUUGCAA